AUGGAACGGGCCACUUUGGCGGAGACAGGUGGCGAAAGGCCCGCAAGCGCCUGGGCCCUGUUUAACUCGUGGGUCGCUCGGGAAGGCCUGACGGUCUCUCGGGCUGCGAAGUUCCGCAUUCGCGGGAAGCGGAUGCUCCGGGAGAAGGCAGCGAUGAAGCUCAAGAACCACCGAAAAAGCAAGGACAUUCGGGAGAAGUUCGCGGCACUCGCUCAGGCGAAGUACGAGGACAACCGAAAGAAGGCCGAGGCUUACAGAAAGGCCCAGUCGUUCGGCGAUGUUUCGCCGCAAGUCGCUGCCGACGAGGCCGAGGUCGUUCGAAAAGCAGAAGCCGAAGCCCACCUGGAAGCUGACCUUGCCGUUCGGGAAGUGCAGGCGGACACCUGGACCUGGACUUUGGGUCGUUCGCUUCGUGACUUCAAGCCGGUCGGCCGUGGGGCGAGCGGUGAGGUCUUCUUCGCCACCUUCGAAGGCCUUCUGGUUGCAGUGAAGCUGACAAAAGGUCGGGGGCUGCGAGCGGCAGCAACCGGCAUCGACGUUCAGGAGGAGUUCGCCGUUUUGACGGCCCUGGGGCAGCACCCCAACGUCGUUCGAGCUUUCGCCGUUGUCACGAGCUCGCUGGGCCGGCCGGGCUUGGUUCUCGAGAGGGCGUCUGAGAGCCUGCAUGCGAAAGCUCGCAGGCUCAAGGACGAUCGGCUGGAGAACUCGCCGGCCGGCAGGGCCUCGCUGCUGGGACUUUUUUCGCAGUUCGUCCUCGGCCUGUCCUUCGUGCACGGGCGUUCGGUCAUGCAUCUCGAUGUGAAGCCCGCCAACAUUCUCGUGUUCGAUGACAAGAGAGCUGCCCUGGCCGACUUCGGCCAUGCAGAGGGGGUCUCCGAGAACGGUUGCUCUGUGGUGGGCGAUCGUGUGUACACCCUGGACUUUCGCUGCCCGGAGUGCCUCAUGGCCGGCGGCCAAAAGGCAUGGGUUGCUGGCGUUCGUGUCAAGUUCGCCGCCGACGUCUGGGCGGCCGCAGCCACGUUGUUCGAGGUGUGCUGCCCCAGAAAAGCUUUUCUCAGUCCCGCCGGGGACGUUCGUGCGGGAGACCGAGGAGCAGACAGCAAAGGCCAUUCGGGAGAUGGCCACUGCGAGGAGCUUCAAGCUGAUGCCGUACGACCAGACAAUGCAGGACGUCCUGGAGAAGACGUUCGUGCCGGCAGAGAAGCGACUCUCGUUGCCGGGCUUGCUUCGCAUCCUGGACAAAGAGCGGUCGGCCUCGCGGUCCAUCGGCAGGCCCGCCUUCGGCGACUGACCUUCCUGACUGGUCGUCUUGGACGGAAGCACCAAGAGUCGUUCGAGAACAGCUUCUCGAGCACGGUUCUUGGAGACUGUCGACUCUCGGGUCUCUCGCCCGGCGGAUAA